AUGCUGACGACCUCUCCAGACACAGGGGCCCAAGAGAAGCUUGGUCUACGAUACAACUUUACACCAGAGUUGGAAAAGAGGAGACACGAUGAGUCCUGGUGCUUGAACAUCAUGGCGUCGUACUUAUGGGACUGGGGUGAUAUGUGGCUUCUUGGUGACAGAGCACUUGACGAAAUUAUAGCGAGUAGAAAGCGCAAAAGAGAUGCUGCAGCAGAAGACGAUGUGCGAGCUUCGAAGGUGGCAGCACUACCCGAUACAGAUGCCAGCAUUAGUUCACAUGGUACACAUCACGCGCCUCAUCCACCGCCUUUGGUGAACUCUGGAAUCGAUCUGCCAGCGACAAACACUAUUGACUCUACCUGCCCACCAGCUCAGCGUCCAACCUCCCAACACAUCCAACCCAACAUCACACAACAAUCCUUUACAAGUCAGGACUCGGUCUAUCUAGGUGACUUCAGGAGCAACUUCGACUUUGCCUUUGCAAGAUGGAUCGAUGAGGGGAAUAUUACAGAAGCUGCCAUUGCUCGAUUGUUCAAGGAUCCUGCACUAGCACCGCUCACUCAGAGUCUGAGUUGGAAGUCUGAGAGGCAAUUGGAGGAGAAGGUUGACCGUCUUGAUUUUGCUAGAGUUGAAUACGACAGGGUUCGAUGA